AAGAAAUGAACUUUUGGCCCAUUAGAGGCCCGUUAAAAUUUCACCUCAAAAAUAUCUGCAAAAAAAAAAAAAAAAAAGAACCCGUCUUUCUCUUUGUUUGUUGGCAACAAGAGAAAACGAAGCAGUCCUCUUAUCAGCCCUUUCUCAAAUUUCAGGUUUUAGGGCUUUCGUUUUAGCUGAUAUAAAGUUCAUUUUUUGGGGGGCUUUACGUGUGUCAAAAUCAAAUAGUUAGGAAAGAAGGAAAUGGGUGGGCAAGAAGUUAAGCAGCUUGAAGAAUGCUCAGUUUCCAAUGCAUUGGGGACAUGGGUGUUUUCAGUAGCAGGGGCUUUGCUAGCAAUUCCGGUGGGGAUAAAGCGGAAAUCUUUAGCACCCCUUGUGUUCUUUGGCACAACUGGUACAAUGCUCGAUAUCAUUAUGGGAAUCAGUGCUUGCGAAAGGGAGCAUGCAGAACGCCAGAUGAAGCUAUUAGAAGCCCAGAAUUCCACAGCCGAUGAUUCAUCAUUUUCCGAGACGGGAUCAGAAUCGCAUUCCUAAAAUCUUAGGAAGGUCAUUUACAUUCAGUAUCUUUGAGUGUUGCUUUCAAGCUGCCCUUCAAACUUUUCUUGGCUGUAAACAAGACGAAAAUCGAUUGCUGUUCUGGGUUGGUGGGUUUUCUCUAUGAUCUUCCUUUUUGUUCAUGCUCUUUGUCAAUGAACCAUUACAGUUGAAUAAGAAGGUGGCGGUUUGUGUUGAA